CAACUUGGUAUACUAAUUUAGAAUACUAAAUUUAGAAAACCAUAAAAUAAAUAAUAUGUGAAUUGUUUUACUACAUUUUGUAUGGCAGAAUCUUGUGUUAAAGGAUUUAAUAUCUACUUCUCUUGGAACUUUCCCGAUGAUUUGUCUCAAAAAAAUGUUGAAGAUGAUCUUUUUCAUAUAUUUGAUAUAUGUGAUGUAAUGAGAUCAGAAUCUCAAGUAGUUACAGCAAGCAUACAAGCAUCUAAAAAUGGUGUGAUUUUGUCUCGACCUAUUGCGUUCCAUGAAACAAUAGCUUGUGAGCUACAAAUUGAAUCUCAAGAUGAUCAAAAUGAAUAUGUUUUAUCAAAAUUGAUUGUUGUCAGUGAAGCAAAACAUUUAGAGCUCUAUGUGAAUGACAUGUACAUAAAGACUUCUAAAGGAUUAAUGCUAACUUUUCAAAAAGAAAGUUUGCCAUUAUUCCAAAGUGAAUUUGAUUUAGCUGCUCUCACUAAAAAGGCUGAUAAAGUUAGUCUCAAGUUUGUUUCACUCCCAUCUGAUAGUUUAAUGAAAUUGCAAACGGUCGUUGUUUUUCUAAGUAAAAUACCUCAACAAGAUUCAUUUAAUUUUGAUAAGGCUUCAUUCUCUGUGGACCUUAAGGGUAUUAGAGAAAUGAUUCAACAAAUGGGCCUCAAAGUUCCGGAAGCUGCAGAAAAUCUUAUGAAUGAUAUUGAACUCAAACAGAAUCGGGAAAAGUAUAAUCAACAAACCAUUCUAAAACAGAUGUAUAAUCAAGGCUCUUUCUCUCAAAUGUUGACUAAUCAAGGAUCUAACUCUCAAAUGUUGGGUUAUCAAAGUCCCAAAUCACAAAUGUUGGCUAAUAAUGGUUCUAUAUCUGAAAGGUCAAAUAAUAAUGGUUCUAUAUCUCAUAUUUUUGAUAGUAAAGUGUCUCAAAUGUUUAGUAAUCAAAGUUCCUCAUCUCAAAUUUUGACAAAUCAAGAAUCAGUUUCACAAAUAUUGACUAAUCAAGGCUCUAAAUCUGAACAAUCUAGUUUACUGAAAAACUUGCAACAACCAUCUUCUACUUUAAAUACACCAAUAUCUGGAGACAUUUUGUCUUUAACAAGACAAUCAAGUUUAUCUAGCAGAUCGCUACACAGUUUAUAUCCUAUUUCUCGUGAAUCUAUUGAGCCAGAUGGUUUAAUAGAAAUGGAAUUUUCUUCACGUAAAACAUCCUUCCGUGAAAAGAGUAGUAGUAGUCCGCCUAAGUCUGAAAAUUACAUUGUAUCAAAUAAAGACUAUUUAUCAAAAAGAUUAGGAAGUCCUACUAAUGAAGAACUUUAUAUGAGUGCUGCAAAUAUUUCCCAAGAAUCAGUAUUAGCUAAUGCUCAUUUAUAUCAAGAGACUUCAAAAGUUACUUCUUAUCAUAACCAAUGUGAAACUAUCUCUAAGCCAGCUUGUUUAACAUAUAGACCACAGCAUUUACAUAAAAAUAGGCGACAUAAAUCUCUGUCUGCUUUGCCAAAUGAUAUUCUUUUUCUUAUAAAGAAAGAAAAUGAAAAUAAAAUUACAAAUAGAACAGAAAAUCAAGUUUUUGCUGAAAGAUGGGAAAGCAACCACUGUACAAAUCAGAAAAUUUCAAAUCAUGUUGUAAAUUCUGAAGACUCUCCUUUUAAAAGAAAUAAUGUUCAAAAUCAAACAUGUUCAAUGUGUGCUUCUAAUGUUCAUAAAAUAAUUAUUGAUUAUAUUCAAGAAUCAGAAAAUCGAAUCACUCAACUUGUCAUUAGUAAAAUGGCGGAGUUAAGAUAUGACUUGAUUUCAAAAAUAGAUAAUAUUUGUAAUACAAUUGUUAGGGAAAAUAAUCACUUUACAUCAUCAAGCCAUUAUGAUGAUAAUCUUUCAGAUGUUUUAAAGUCCAUUGUUUAAUUUAUAUUUUUCUAAAUUUCUAAUUGUAUUUGUUAUUUUGACUUUAAAAAUUUUUGAGUUUAAAAAGUAC